AAGAGAUGAUGAUGCUGAUAUCUCACAGCCUUCAGUUUCCGCUAGCACUCCAACCUUUUUCAUCAUCAAGAUUUGGUGUGAAAACAACUUAUAAUAACCAUGGAAUCAUAAGGCCAUCAUCAUCCAUCAAUGUAAAUCAAAUUUCCGAUCAGGACGUCGUCGAUCUCCGGCGAUCAGCCGAUUACCAUCCCACCAUUUGGGAUCCAAAGCUUAUUCAAUCAUUAACCACCUCUUACACCUAUGAAGUACAUGGAAACAGAUUGGAUAAGUUGAAGGAGCAAGUUAGAACGUUGCUAAAAUCCACCAAGGACGUGUCCAUCCUCUUGAAGCUCAUCGACUCUAUCCAACGGUCUGGAGUAGCUUACCAUUUCAUUCAUGAAAUAGACGCCGUUUUUGACCACAUCUCGUCGUGUGUCUCCAAUGGCACUGGUCUUUCAACAACCGCGCUGCGGUUUCGUCUUCUACGACAACGUGGUCAUUUCGUAAACACAAAUAUUUUCAAUGAAUUCAAGGACGAAAAUGGGAACUUCUUGGACAGCUUGAGUAGUGAUCUAGAAGGGCUCUUGAAUUUAUAUGAAUCGUCAUUUAUCGGGAUGUGCGGGGAAGACACUGACAUAGAUGAAGCCAGAGAUUUUAGCAUGAAACAUCUAAAGUCGUUUGUAUUAACCAAUAGUGAUGACCAUAACGCGGGCAUGCGAAACAAAGUAAAUGAUGCGUUAUCGGACCCCCUGCAUUGGAGGAUCCCAAGAUUGGAAGCGAGAAACUUCAUUAAUCUAUUCAAAGACAGCAACGGGAUAUGUUCAUCUAUUCUUCUUGAAUUGGCAACUUUAGAUUACAAUCUUGUACAAUCAAUACAUCAGGAGGAGGUUAAAGAACUAACCAAAUGGUGGAAAAAUUUGGGUUUUCAAGAAAACUUGAGUUUUUCUCGGGAUCGAAUGAUGGAGAACUAUUUAUGGGCAUUGGGAUUUGUGUAUGAACCUCAAUACUCAAAUAUUAGGAAAACUGUCACUAAAUACAUUUGCAUUUUCAGCGCCAUCGAUGAUAUCUUUGAUAUAUAUGGAUCACUCGAUGAGCUAGAGCUUUUCGUGAAAGCAGUUGAACGAUGGGAUUUGAAAGCUAUGGAUGACCUCCCACAAUACAUGAAGAUAUGUUACUUAGCCAUGUACAACUUUGGAAAUGAAACAUCAUAUGAUGUUCUAAGAGAUCACAACAUGGUUGUUAUAGAGUUUGUUAAAAAUGAGUGGGAAAGACUUUGUAGAUCGUAUCUAACUGAAGCGAGAUGGUUCUACGGUGGAUAUGAGCCAUCACCAGAGGAGUACAUGGAAAAUGCAUGGAUUUCAGUUGGCGGUCACGGGGCCAUAGUCCAUGCUUGCCUUCUUUUAGGGCUAUCCCCUCUUAAUGAGUCAUCUCUUGAUAGUUUUAGUAGUUUGUCUGGGCCUCUUUAUUGGUCAUGUCUAAUAACAAGGCUAAGUAAUGAUAUGGGUACAUCCAAGGUUGAAAUUGCUAGAGGGGAUGUGCCAAAAUCCAUUCAGAAUUACAUGAUGCAUAAGAGUGUGUCUGAAAAGGAAGCCAAGGACAUUAUAAAUUGCAUGAUCAAACAUUCAUGGAAAAAGCUUAAUGAGACAAAUAUAAAGAGGUCUUGUCAUGCAAUUGUCACAACUUUGUCGCUCAACAUGACACGCGCCGCUUUAUCGAUAUACCAACAUGGGGAUGGGAUUGGAACCUCUACCGGAUUGACUAAAGAUCGCUUAACUUCAUUGAUUGUGGAACAAAUUCCAAUUUAAAAAAUGUUUCACAUUUUUAGAAAUAUU